GAUGAGAUAAGGACCAUCUUUUAAAUGCCAUCCAAUGAUCGUUUAUGAAGACCACUUUUUGAAUGAUGGCCGUUUGUGUGGAAUCGUUUAUUCACUUCGAUAAAAUCUGGAUUGUACUUCCUCCUAGCCUGUUCGGGCCCACUUAAAUUGAGAUGAAGAAUUUCGCGGAAACACGCAACUGUCGAUUAGGCUGACAUUUAAGUAUGGAUAUUGGGCUUUAGAUGAGUUUUAGAAGAUCCGAAAUCGGCAACCAGAGGCCACUGACUCCGAAUCCCCACGAAGGGAUUCCGCAGCAGUUUCAAAGGAUUCAAAGUAAUCGCAUGAUGCUGGAUUUGAGACAGCAGGUGCAGUGGCAAAACAAAAUCAUUCGAGAGCUGAAAAUCGAGCGUGACCGGCUAACCAAAGAGCUAGCCUCACGCCUGUUCUUCGUGGAAGCUCAGCUUCGAAGGGAACAGAAGCAUAUCGAGUCUCUUUUGAAUGAGAAAGACCAAUACAUCCACUUUCAAGACCUCCAAAUCGAAUCUUUAAAGUCCCUGCUUUCUCAAGUAGAUCUAGAUUUCCGCCACAAUCAAGACUGUUCUCACAGAUCCCGUUCUGCGUCUACGAAUGCUUCUGGAAGACGCUCGAAAAUGUCAGCACCACCAUUAUCCAAGAGGUAUUCUGUAGCCAUCGACGAGUACAUGAAAGACAAUGGCAUUGUCUCCAGAGCUUUGCCCGUUGUUGUCCAAAUGGACGCAAACAAAGAAAAGAAAGAAUGCUCAUCCCAGCAGAAAAUUCAUUCUCGAUGUAUCCGCACCUUAAGUUUGCCUGAUUUGCACCGGAAUAAAGUUGCAACUACAGAGCGCAUUGGUCCAGAUCAGUGUUAUGGACCAUAUAAUGGUUUUGGUGGCGAGCAUGCUCUGUCCCAGGAUGUCAUUGACGAGCUGGCAGCCAGGCGAUGGGCAUCUGACUGUGACUCUGAGCACUCAGAUUCGCUUGAUUCGGGGAUAUCCAGUCCAAGUAUCACUUCGAGAAGUUUGCAUCUGGAUGAGAUACCUCAUCCGGUCCUACCAGACGAUCGCAGUGUCAAAUCGGACAAUAUCCCAACCAGGCGUGGCUGUGCUAUAAGCAACUUUCUAAAUCGAAAGUUUUCCUUCUCGUCAACCCAAUUGGAGAAGAUCAAAGAUCGCGAUGACAAUGGUGAAAAUCGUUGUAAUAACACACUCACGGCAAGCAGAAGGCACAACUCCUUUUCUGAAAUUAAGACGAAAGAUUUCCAAGAAGCAUGCAAAGAGAUCACAGUGCAAAAGGUUAUGGAGGAACAAAAACCAAGGAAGUUUAUUAGUUCUGCUAAUAGAACUUUCGGAACCAAUCAUCGAUCUGUUACGAAACCCCGAGACAUUAAGUUCAGGAAACUCUUCAAGUUUCGUCGUCGUGCAGAGCCCACUGAACAGGAAGUCAUUCAUUGUGAAGAUUAUAUGACAGUGUGAGAAGUGGUAUAAACUGACAUAAAAACAAACUCAUUUUAAUGUAUUUUAGUUCUUGAAUAACAUUAUUCUAGUUCGUGAAUUCUUCAUUAGAGUUGUGUUUUGUUUGUUACUUUUAGUGAGAUGGAGUCUGAAUGUGGGAAGUAGUAUUUUUAUUUUGCUAGAAAAUAUCUUGAAGGACAGCUGAGAUAAAAAUUUAUAUUUAGUUUUAUAGAAAGAAUAUUAUGUUUCUAAUAUUAAGAUUUUAUAAAUAAGAGAUUACUUUUAUCUGUGUGUUAUUUCAUAGCAUUUUAUUUCAUAAAUUUAAAUGGAAAUUAGUUUCUAUUGAUUCAAUUAAAUAUCUUUACGUAUAAAAAUUUUGGGAACAAGUACAAAUGUAAAAAUUGGAAUGUAUAAUUGCUAUUAUUAAAAUUGUUUGUAAUUGGACACUGUAUGUGAUCAGGAGCGAAUCACUUUUUUUAUCCACUUUUGCUAACUGCUCCUAUGUAAGUACAGUUUGCUGUGUUUGUGGACUGAACCAACUCAAUAUGUAACACAUACAUUCCAUCUACUACUAGCUUGCAACGGAUUGGAAUUCAUCAAAUUUGAAGAAGAACAUUUCAUCAGUAGAACAUUUCUUUAAGGUUUUACAGAAGCAGUCGUACAUUAAAACUGCAGUUUCGAUUUUGUUCUUCACUGUAUAAUUCAGGCAAAUUUAUAUAUUUUUUUCUAUAAAAAAGGUAGUUUUUUUAAAGGAAUACGUGCCGCUGAGAAUUAAAAAAAAUAUUUAUUUUGUUUAUAAUAAUGAUAAGCAGAAACAAUGAAAAAAUGCAACGUAAAAAUAAUAAUCUUUAAAGGUUUUAAUAUCUCUAUAUAGAAAUCUUUUUUAUAUUUAAUCUGAAUUAUAUAUUUUUAAGAGUAUAUGAAUUUUAUAUUUUUAUAUUUAACCUGAAAGAACAUUUAAAAGCCUUUUCUAAACCUGAACUUGUGUUCAUAAUUAUUCAAUAAAUCCUUUAUUUAAAAAUAAUCCGUAGAAUUUCAAACCAUUUUUAAAUAAUAAUACUUAUUUAUUGAAUAAAAGGUUACAUGGAUUACAUUUGGCCUUGAAAACGUUUUUAACUUCUUAAUGUGUGAAUCUGCUGGCGGAUUUCUUUUUAUUCUUUUGUACGAACCGUGUUUUCUCCCAUUUUUUAAAAACUAUUUUACUGUUGUUUAAUAUGAAGUGUGUUUUUCAA